AUGAACAAAGACGUGGAAUUCUUUACCCCCGAGUCGGACGUCCUUAGCUUCAUCGCCGAUUGUGAGAAUACAAUCCUGCGCGGCUUUCUUCGCUGGGUCAUCAUUGGAGCUCACAAGCCCUCGAUUUACGCCCAUUUUUUUCUAAAGAUACAUUCUGCUGAUGAAGCAGCGGAUUAUAUGGUACCCAAGCCCGAGGGUGAUAUGCAAGUGGUCCUCGUCCGUAUAACAGACCUACCCAAGUUAGUAGAUCUCUGGGGUCAGCGUGUUGUCUCUGGUCUAGGCGAGGAGGAAAUGGUUGAAGUAUGCAAGUCCAACAAGCCAAACUUUCGCAAGUCUGUGACUAAAGGGCUUUGUGUUCUGGCGUGGAAGAUUCCUGGGAAGUAUGAGGAUAUGUGGAUGGACGGCCGGUGCUUUGCUAUUCCUGAUGUUCCUGAAUUGAUCUAG